AUGCGGCUCCUCUUGAUGCUUGCAAUUCUGCUAUUCCACAAGUCCACAGUAACCGAACAACUUAAGAAAUGCUGGGGUGAAUAUAUACGAGGACACUGCAGGAAAAUAUGCAAAAUAACUGAAAUACGUCAAGUGCUAUGUGAAAAUGGGAGAUACUGUUGCCUCAAUAUCUUGGAACUGGAAGCACGUAAAAAAAUUACAAAGCCAACACGUCCAAAGCCAAUGACAUAUGCAAUAACUUUGCCUCAAGAUGAAGAUAUAAAUGUAGACAAUUUUUUAAGCCCCAAGGCAAAUUCUACAUAA